AUGGAUCGCUAUGAGUUUGAGAAUCAUAGUCCAAUAUCAACAACACAUUCACUUUCAACAACAGCAUUAAUUCCAACAAUAAUUAAUCCUGAAUGGAUAUCAAUGAUCCAAUAUGUCCUUUCUUAUGCAUAUCCAAUUGUAAUUUUAAGUGGAAUCAUUUUUUCUUUAAUAACUUUACUAUCAUUAGUACAAAAUGUUUAUAUGACAUCUAAACCAUAUCUAUUUACACAAACAAUAUUUGAUAUAUUGUUCUUAUUACUUGGUUCAUGUCUUUAUAUACCAAAAUAUUAUCCAGAUAUCGUUCCAAAAUUUUUCAAUGAUAAAAUUUAUUAUCAUUUUCUUCUCUAUAUUCUAUGGUUUAUUAUAUUAUGGUUAUUUUUAAUCAGUUGUCUUGAUCAUACAUGCACAGCAAUACAAUCAAAUGGUUAUAAUGAAAGACUUUUUUGUACACCAUGUAAUUCAAAAAAUUUCAUUAUUGGAAUUAUUCUAUUAGGUAUUAUUUUUUCUAUACCACAAUUAUUUGCAUGGGAAUCUUAUGGAACAAAAUAUCGUUCAACAUAUUUACGUGAAUCAUUUUUAUAUGAACAUAUUUACUUUUGGUUUUUACAUAUUAUUUAUUUAUUUAUACCAUUAUUUGCUAUAUUUGUUUUUCUUGGUACAUUAUUAUAUACAUUAUGUAAAAAAAAAGAACAUUAUUUACUAACAUCCAAUGGUGGAAAUCAUGGACAUUAUACAAUACAUUAUGGUAAUCCACAUGAAAAUUCUAUACAUUAUUCAAAAACACGUGAACGUGAAAAUAUAACAAAAUUAUUUAUCUUCAUGUGUUUUCUUUAUCUUAUAUUUGUCUUACCAUAUUCAUUUGUAAUUUUUUUUGGUAAAUUAUUUUUACGUGAACAAACAACAUUAUUAUCAAAAACAAUAUUUGAUGAAAUUGUAAUUGCAUAUGAUUUAUCAUUAAUAUUAUUUUACAUACAAAUAUUAAUGAAAUUUUUUGUUUUAACUAUAUUUAGUAGAAAUUUUCGUUUAUGUUUGAAAAAAUUAAUUACAUGUCGAUGUUGCUGUUGUUGUUGUACUAGUGGAUCAUCAUCGUUAGAAUCAAAUGAACAUGAUCAUGAUGAUAAUAUAUAUAUGAAAUAA